AUGAAACCGGUGCUGUCGGUCUUACUUAUCUUUGUACUUGUCGUUGUUUUGGCGCAUCAUGCCGAAGCAAUGAACAAACGUUACUAUGAUUCAUGGAACUCGAAUAAUGAUUUAAGCAACGAUGGAGACAAUGACGAUUUAUCAAGAAUCUUUCCAUUUCGUCAAAAAAGUUCGAAAAAAGAAGAUCCAUGUGCCAAUAAACCGUUGUGGUAUUUGAAAUAUCAAGCUCGUCUUGGCAAAUUAUCACCGUUCUACGAUUGUCUCGGUGUGUACGGUCUCUAA